UAACCGCUAGUGGGCGUAACAACAACAAACUAACGGCACGAAUAGGAAACACAGACAGAGGGAGAGAAAGAGGGAGACUGCUGAGAUUCAUCUGCUUUAUUUAUCUACAAACUACAAGCAUUUCAUUCAUUCAUGCAUAGAGACUUUUCAUUGUGAAAGGACACAUGGCUUCCCUCCCAUCUAGAUUAACCAAAAAACAAAAGCAGCUGCUCUGUCCCAUGUUGGGUGAUGUGGAUCUGACUCUUCUCUUCAAAGCGUCUGUUCAUGGAUAUAAUGCUGCUGCUUUCCACCAGCGCUGUGAUCGUCAGGGUCCAACUUUACUCGUAGCCUACAACAACUCAGGCUACAUAUAUGGUGGAUAUACGAGUAAAGAUUAUACUCAAAGUAGGCAGAAUAUUAUUGAUUCUGAGGCCUUUCUUUUCUACUUUCCUAUUCAUGGUGGGAACCCUGUCACCAUCAAAAUUACUCCUGGAUAUAAUGUACGGAUUGAUGACUCAAAUGGGCCCAGUUUUGGCCAAGAGUUAUACUUUAUGCAUAAAAAUCAACCUUAUCUAUAUGAUGAGAGACAGAUGGGAUAUAGACUCGGCACAUUUAAUUAUGAUGCCUUAACUCUGUAUGGAAACAACACUCAGCUUUGUGAAUGUGAGGUGUACAAGGUGAACAAGAUUGUUAAUCCUCCAGUCCCUCAGGUCACUGCAGGUCCAGUCAAAGAGAAGCCAUGGAGAAAUAUUCUGUGGACAGAAAAACAAAAACAAGACCUCAUGAAGUGCAUCAAAGAUCAUAAACCCCUGGUGUCCUCUAUGAACCGGGUUCGAAUCCUAAUGAUCGGUCCUGUAGGUGCUGGAAAGUCCAGUUUCUUCAACUCCAUCAACUCCAUCUUUAUGGGUCGCAUGACCAACAAAGCCAUGGCAGGAUCUUCAGGCACCAGUCUCACCACACAGUUUCGCACAUAUCCACUGAAAGAUGGCCGUGAGGGAAAGCCAUUGCCAUUUGUGUUGUGUGACACUAUGGGACUGGAGGAGCAGACAGGUGCAGGUCUGGAUAUUGAGGACAUCAGCAGCAUCAUUCAGGGUCUCAUACCAGACCGAUAUCAAUUCAACCCCAUGGUACCAUUUCAUCGUGAUGAGCAAAAGUCCUCCAGACCUUCAUCUCUACAGCAGAAGAUCCACUGUGUGGUUUACAUGAUAGAUGCCACCAAAAUCUCCCUCAUGUCCAGCAAACUGGAGGAAAAACUUGCAGCCAUACGCAAAAAAGUGAACUCGCUGAGUGUUCCUCAGAUCGUCUUGAUGACUAAAGUAGACGAGGCGUGUCCUCUGGUGGAGGAGGAUCUUCAAAAGGUUUACGUCAGUUCCUACAUUAAGACAAAGGUACAGGAGGUCAGCUCUCGACUGGGUGUUCCUGUGUCUUGUGUGUUACCUGUGAAGAAUUACAGUCAGGAGCUUGAACUGAACCUCAACUGUGAUCUCCUGCUUCUCACCGCUGUACAGCAGAUGCUCAACUAUGCUGAAGAUUAUUUGGAUGAUGUUGAUGCCAAUGUUGCUUAAAGCUAUACAUUUUUUGUUGUUAACUUGUACACUUCAUUUCCAGGACUUCGUCCAGCAGUAAUGUAAUCAUUAUUAUUUUUGUAAUACUAUUACUGUCCAGGUAGA